AAAGAAAACACUAGAUAAGGUUUGUCACGUUAUCAUGAGACCGAUAUAAAGACAGUUUAUCAGAAAGAUAGUUCAUUAGAACAAAGGACAGCAAAAUGGUCGGAUUUUAUCUGAUAUUAAGCGUAAUCGUAGCCACUGCUAGAGCCAACAUCUCUGGUCAAAUUGCAACAGGAUCAUGUGUCUGUGUUACUGGUAGCACCGUUAAUGCACGACAUACAGCCAGUAUACAUGGUAAUAUAGUAGGAACGGUACAUUCUGGUGAAUGUUAUAAAUACAAUGGUCACAUGCACACAGCAGACGGAUACACGUGGUAUCAACUUCAACACGUACAUGGACAGCUAGCGUAUGUCGCAGGAAGUUUACUGCAGACAUCAACGGCAUCCCAUUGCAGUGCUAGUGUGUCAACACACAGUGGAACUUUUGCAGCAGGAGUAGUUUCCGACAAGUGUAUGCAGUGUAUUUGUGAUUUGGAAUCCGGUUGCAGACCACUGGAUUGCAAAUGGGACGUAAAUUCGAAUUCUUGUGGAUACAUGCAAAUAAAACAGGUUUACUGGGAGGACUGUGGAAAACCAGGUGGAAGUUUAGAAGCAUGCUCCAAAGAUAAACAUUGUGCUUCUCAGUGUGUCCAAAAAUAUAUGUCUAGGUACAUCAAUCAUUAUGGAUGCGCACAUAACUGUGAGAGUUAUGCCAGAAUGCACAAUGGAGGACCAGCAGGGUGCAAACACACUAACACUCUGGGUUACUGGUCCCAUAUUCAGAGUAAGGGAUGCAGCGCAAACAGUUAAACUUAAUUUUCCACAAAUAAAGUAAUUUGAUUUGAAUGGUGUUUGAAUAAACUAAUGUCAAUAACAA